GGACGCCGAUUCUACUUUGGCUGUCUUGGGAGCCAUGGCUACCACUGUUGGAAGGCUGCUGCUUUCGUGGCCUGGCUCGGGAUGCGGGGCCUGCCGGAGAUUUAUAGUGACGUCGCCAGCUGCUCAGCUGUCACCCACAGAACUGACAGAAAUGCGGAAUGAUCUUUUUAAUAAGGAAAAAAGUAGGCAGUUAUCGUUAACUCCCCGAACAGAGAAGAUCGAAGUUAAGCAUGUUGGGAAAACUGAUCCUGGCACUGUCUUCGUGAUGAAUAAAAACAUUUCAACUCCUUACAGUUGUGCCAUGCAUUUGAGUGAGUGGUACUGCAGGAAGUCCAUUCUGGCUCUUGUGGACGGACAACCGUGGGACAUGUAUAAGCCUUUGACCAAGUCCUGUGAGAUUAAGUUUCUUACUUUCAAAGACCCUGAUCCAAGAGAAGUGAAUAAGGCUUAUUGGCGUUCUUGUGCUAUGAUGAUGGGCUGUGCAAUAGAAAGGGCGUUCAAAGAUGAAUAUGUGGUCAGCUUGGUCAGAGCACCAGAAGUUCCUGUGAUUGCUGGAGCCUUCUGCUAUGAUGUUGCCUUGGAUAAGAGGCUGGAUGAGUGGACCCCAACAAAAGAGAACCUACAGUCUUUCACAAAAGAUGUCCGUGCUUUAAUGUAUAGGGACCUUCCCUUUGAAACCCUGGAAGUUGAUGCAAAAGUGGCAUUAGAAAUAUUUCAACAUAAUAAGUACAAAGUGGACUUCAUAGAAGAGAAAGCAUCUCAGAGUCCUGAGAGAAUAGUCAAGUUACACAGAAUUGGUGACUUCAUUGAUGUGAGUGAAGGGCCUCUUAUCCCAAGAACAAGUAUUUGUUUCCAGUACGAAGUGUCAGCUGUCCACAGUCUUGAGCCCACUGAGCCGAGCCUCAUACGCAGAUUUCAAGGCCUGUCUUUACCUGUUCACUUGAGAGCACAUUUUACUGUAUGGCACAAACUUUUGGAAAGAUCAAGGAAAAUGGUAACUGAAGAUGAAAUCAGACAGACAGAGGACACUGUAUCUACCCAGUAGUGCUCUAAAAUUUAAAUAUGUAUAGUAAAUUAAAAUAAAAGCUUUUAAUACGAUGUACGAUUGCUUCUGCUCUGUGGAUUUAUAUACUCAUGUUAAAAGACAGUAUG